AUGGCCAAGCGAAGGAAAGAGCUUGGGGAGUACUUGAACCAGGAAAUCGGAGCGAACCAAGGCUACCAGGACUUCAUCAUUGGUCUGUCCAUCGAGGGCCUCAAAGAUACUGCAGGAAGGAUUGCUGGCGCCUGCCAGGGCUGGGUUCCCGAGUCGGUUCAUGAGGGAAUGAAGGCAAUGGUUCUGAAACGCCCGUAUGGCGUCAACUUGGGCAUCGCUCCAUGGAACGCCCCCUAUCACCUGGGCUUUCGAUCCGUCACUUUCCCCCUGGCCACCGGAAACACGGCCAUCUUGAAGGGAGCAGAGUUCUCGCCCCGCUGCUACUGGGCCAUAGCAGACAUUUUCCGAGAAGCCAGCCUCCCUGAUGGAGUGCUGAAUCUACUAUUUCAUCGGCCGGAUCAUGCGGCAGCAGUCACGGAGUCCCUUAUCGCCCAUCCUCAUGUCAAGAAAAUUAAUUUUACCGGCAGCACAAAGGUCGGCAGCAUCUUGGCAGCAUCUGCAGGGAGGCACCUCAAGCCCUGCUUGAUGGAGCUUGGCGGCAAGGCCAAUGCCAUUGUGCUCAAGGACGCUGACCUUGAGAAGGCAGCGGUCCAAUGCGCCACGGGGGCUUUUAUGAAUGCCGGCCAAAUCUGCAUGUCAACCGAGCGCAUUCUAGUACACGCCUCGGUGGUAAGAGACUUCGAGCCCAUCUUGAAGCGCACCAUCAAUGAUAUUUUUGGCUCGACUCUGGCUACGCCGACCUUGGUCACAUCCGCAUCGGCGGCGCGUAACCGGGCUCUUGUCCAGGACGCCAUCUCUAAGGGAGCCACGAGCCUGGACAUCUGCUCUGCUGACCUUGGAGAGAUGGUCGAGACCAAGAUGCGGCCCGUUGUUCUGACCAAUGUCGACAAAUCAAUGGAAUUGUACGGCGGAGAGUCAUUUGGUCCCAGUGUAUCCCUCUAUUCCUUCGACUCGGAAGAGGAGGCCAUCGAGUUGGCCAACGAUACUGAGUACGGCUUAGCAGCUUCGGUUUUCACUGAGAACCUUGGCUCUGGCUUCCGUAUAGCUGAGAGGCUCGAGUCGGGCGCGGUGCAUAUCAACUCCAUGACGGUGCACGAUGAGUAUUCUUUGCCGCAUGGUGGAGUGAAGAAGAGCGGCUGGGGUCGAUUUAACGGGUAUCAGGGUCUGAAUGAGUUCCUGUACUGCAAGACGGUGACUUGGAUGGACUAG